GCUUUUGAUAGCUGUCACUCAAACUUGUCCCCGCCCCCCGUAUAAUGCAGCAUGGGCAAAAAAUUCCAGAUUCAGUAGCUACAGCUGAGGGAGCAAACUCCUGCUAGGGGGAUAUUUGGCCGAUUAAACAAAAGUAAUGUUCCAACGAUGCCGAUAGUAGAUAAACUCAAGGAGGCGUUAAAGCCCGGUCGGAAAGAGACAGGUGACGACGGUGACCUGAACAAGCUGCUGGCUUCUUCUGCCAAGAAGGUGCUUCUGCAGAAAAUAGAGUUUGAGCCUGCCAGCAAGGGUUUCUCCUACCAGCUGGACAGCCUAAAGAACAAGUAUGUGAUCCUCAAUCCCAGAACCGAGGGCGCUACGGGGCAGAAAGCAGCAGAGCCUGCUCAAAUAAAGAGGCAAGCCUCUGAAAAUGUGAUCAGCAGCCAUGGUGAUGGGAUCCCAGCCCCUCAGAAAAUGCUUUUUCCUGCGAACAAGCUCAACCUUAAAUGGGAGCGGGCUUACAGGGUGGGAGCUGGUCUUCACAACCUUGGAAACACCUGCUUCCUCAACUCCACCGUUCAGUGUCUCACCUACACCCCUCCGCUUGCCAACUACUUGCUCUCUAAGGAGCACAGUCGGGCCUGCCACCAGUCGGGCUUCUGUAUGAUCUGUGUAAUGCAGAACCACAUCAUCCAAGCCUUCGCUAACACAGCCAACGCCAUUAAGCCCGUCUCAUUCAUCAGAGACCUGAAAAAAAUUGCUCGACAUUUUCGCUUUGGAAGCCAAGAAGACGCCCAUGAAUUUCUGCGAUAUACCAUCGAUGCCAUGCAGAAAGCCUGUCUCAAUGGAUACCCCAAACUCGAUAGGCAGACUCAAGCCACAACACUCGUUCAUCAGAUCUUUGGAGGUUACCUCAGGUCUAGAGUGAAAUGCUCCAUCUGCAAGAGCGUGUCAGACACAUACGACCCUUACCUCGACAUUGCUGUAGAGAUCCGGCAAGCAGCAAACAUAGUACGAGCCCUGGAGCUGUUUGUCAAACCAGACGUUCUGAGUGGGGAGAAUGCCUACAUGUGUGCCAAGUGCAAAAAGAAAGUGCCAGCCACCAAGCGCUUCACCGUCCACCGAACCUCGAACGUCCUCACCCUUUCUUUGAAGAGGUUUGCAAACUUUAGUGGAGGAAAAAUCACUAAGGAAGUUGGUUAUCCAGAAUUCCUAAACAUCCGCCCGUACAUGUCUCAGAGCUCGGGCGACCCAGUUAUGUACGGUUUAUAUGCAGUCUUGGUGCAUUCUGGCUACAGCUGUCAUGCUGGUCACUAUUACUGCUAUGUGAAGGCGAGUAAUGGGCAGUGGUACCAAAUGAAUGAUUCAAUAGUGCACUCCAGUAACAUCAAAGUGGUUUUAAACCAGCAGGCUUAUGUGCUUUUCUACCUGAGGAUCCCCGAGUCCAAGAAGAAUGCAGAUGGGCAGAGCAUCAAACAGGGAAUGUUGCAUGGCAAGAACAGUGCGUCAUCCGAGCAGAUAAAGAGGGCCAGCUUAAAUGGGCCUCUGUCUUCGCCGCAAGAUAGUAAGAAACUGGAGCCUGCACAGCUGCGUAAGAUCCACUCUAUGGACGGCGGCCUGGGUUUGCCCAUUUCAAGGAACGGCGUCACCUCUCAGCCGCAGCCCAGACUCUCACACUGGACGUCGUCCUCCAAUGGCACGGCCAAGGUGCCAGGUGGACCGACGGUCAUAGAGGAGCCUUUCAAGAAGGUUAACAAGCCCUCUCCUCAGAGCCAGGCGCAGUCCCGCAGCACCACGCCGACGCCUCCUAACAACGGGGUUGGGAGGACGGAGGGGGAGAAAAAACAGAGCAGCGACGGCAGAGGGAUGGCAGCAUCUACCUCAUUGAAGUCCUUAUCUGACUCUUCCUCAGCUGACACCUCUGACUCAAAGGAGUCUGUGGGUCCGAAGAGUGAACCAGUGAGAGACACACCCUCUACUCCUCGUAAGGGUUCCAGUAGAUUGGGAUCUCCGGCCCGCAGCGUGGAGCGCUCUCAGAGCACAGAGGAGCAGAAAACGGGUAAAUUAAAACCCCCGGCACUCAACAACAUCUCAUCUGAAGCCACCAGCACCAUGUCCCCACCUCCUGCCAAGAAACUGGCUCUCUCAGCCAAGAAGGCUUACAGUCAGAGUCUGAGCAACAUUGAUGCUCCACGCCAUUCGCCAAAGCUGGAGCCCACCGACCCCAUGCAUCGCAAUCAACUUAAAUCCCCUGCCAUCGCCUCAGCCAAUCAUAAUGACAGAGUCAGUCCAUCAAAUCCUCCUAAAGCCCAGAUAUCACUUUUUGCCCCCUCAUGUAGACCAUUAGCACAGAAGAGCCCUCAGAAACAGCCACUUUUCUCCACGUCGCAAAAACCAAAAGCCAGCCUUUCCCACAAAACCAAUGGCCUUCACAGUCCGAACCUUCUGAGACCCAAGUCUUCCAGCAACCUCAGCCCCACAGCUCAAGAGCCAGACCUCGACCCUCUGGCUCCAAAUGUCAGCCCAAAGAAGAAGAAAAAGAAGAAGAGACGGCACUCUGAGGUGGAGGGUGACACUGAGAAUUUUACAUCUCUAGAAACACAACCAGCCCCCACAGAGUCGGUGCAUGAGAAAAAGAGCAAGAGGAAGAAGAAGAGGAAGCGAAAACAUGAAGGGGAUGAUGAAGAACAAGCAAAAGGGAGGGACUGCAUCCAGUCUCAUUUGGAGGGAUCUAAUCAAGAGGAAGAUUGGUGUCAGAGUGGCUUAUGGAGUCUAACGUCUCAUUCGGAAGUGGAAACCUCAAAGCAAACGGUUCCACUUUCUCCCACUAGCCCGAAGCAGAGCGAGUCGAUUCAGGAGGAACAGGAAACUGACCCUGUGAGGAAAAAGAAGAAGAAGAAGAGGAGACUUAAACUGGAGGAGGAUCUGCAGAAAAUAAACUCUUCCUGCUCCGCAUCAGAAAGGGAUCCUGAGAUGAAACCUAUAGAUACGUCUAAUGAUGUAGAAGAUUUAGUGAAGAUAAACAUUAAAUUGAAAAAGAAGAAGAACAAGAAAAAGCUAAAUGCGUUGCAAGAGGAGAGAAAAGGUUCUGAAGAUGAGUCGGCAGAAGAACCUGUCUUCAAAAAGAUCUCCACUGAGGACAGGAAAAUUUCCAAAGAAAGUACAGCCUCAGUGGUGGUGUGGGACAGCCAGGUGAAAGACGGCUACAAACACAGCAAGGCGCCAGCGGCUGGUGGAAGUGCUUCAGUGAAAAGCUCCGUCCACGUUGCUCCUGCUGCCUGGGACGGGAAGAAGAGCAGUGAUGUUGUGGAAGAGCUACUCAAGAACUCCACGGAUAAAGCCUAUGGAGCGAACGUCCUCAGCUGGGAUGGUGAAGUCUCAGCUGUCAGUAAGGAUGCGAUCGAAGACGUCCGUAGUGCCAUGUGUGACACGGUGAUUGACGAGUGGGAUGAGGACUUUGACAGAGGAAAGGUAUGGAAAGAAUGAAUGCAAAUAAGAGUUGAACA